AAACCAAAAAAAAAAAAAAAAAAAGUAAAAGAAAAUAAGAAAAAGCGGAGUGGAUAAAACCAAACCAAAAUACAAAACAGAGUCAGAUACACAAACAGCUCUGUUUCUGCUUCUACUUUCUUCUCCUUCUUCUUCUUAUUCAACGAUGAAGACUUGCCCUUUGAUAUUUUAGUUUUAUUUGUAUUUAGUUUCUGGUUUUCUUGGUUGGUUCUUCAACCAUGCCAUCGCGCCAAAUCCCCAUAGUUCCAGCUCCUUCACCUUCCCCAACCAUUCACCACCGGACCAUUCGUCCGGCGGCGGCCGUCACCGCCGCCGCCACAGCCACCGCCUUUUCAUUACUCUUCUUCCUCGCCCUCUGCUUUCGCAAGACUCGAAAGCGAACUGCACCGGAGGCUGAUUCCAAGCCACCCCAUCGUUUCUCCUAUUCCAUCCUGCGCCGCGCCACCGACUCAUUCGCCGCCUCUCGCCGUCUCGGUCAAGGUGGGUUUGGACCCGUUUUCUAUGGAAUACUUCCCAAACCCCGUCAAGAGAUUGCCGUUAAGCUCAUGGACUCGGGGUCCCUCCAAGGCGAGCGCGAGUUCCAGAACGAGCUCUUCUUCGCUUCCAUGCUUGAUUCUAAGCAUGUCCUUUCGGUUCUCGGUUUCUCUUCGGAUCGGAAACGGCGGAGGAUGUUACUGGUUUAUGAGUUCAUGAGUAAUGGGAAUUUGCAGGAGGCUCUGUUGCAUCGCAAAUGCCCUGAAUUGAUGGAUUGGAAGAAGCGGUUCGCGACCGCCGUCGAUAUCGCCAAAGGGCUUCAGUAUCUUCACGGCCUCAACCCGCCCAUUAUCCACGGCGACAUAAAGCCUAGUAAUAUACUCCUGGACAGGGACUUCUCGGCCAAGAUUGCGGAUUUCGGGCUUGCCAGGUUGAAAGUAGAGAAUCAGAUUGAGAUUGCUGUUGAAGGGUCCGAUGGGGCCAAGAUAAACGGUGGGUUGGAGACGAAGAAGGAAGAUUUGGAGAGUAAUGGUGGAGGUGGGGUUGACGAUUAUGGUUCGGUGGUCGAAGAAACCGAGAGUGUGACUACUGGGUUCGAAGAUUUGAACUUGGGUUUUGAUCUAUCACCAUCUCCGGCGACGGCAGUGUCAGCGUCACCGGAGGCUGCCGGACUGGUGGCAUCUCCGGAGGAGUUCGAGAAGUUGAGCACGUUGGAGGGUGGUAAUUUUGAUAAAGCGUCGCCGGAGACUUUCGAGAAAUUGAUAUCGGAGGGAAAUUACGAUAAGACUAGCAUGGAAGGAGGGAAGCAGAAUGCGAAGAAGGAUUGGUGGUGGAAACAAGAGAAUAGCGGCGUGAAGGACUAUGUAAUGGAAUGGAUUGGGACUGAAAUCAAGAACGAAAGGCCCAACAGUAAUUGGACAGCAACAGCUUCUACAAGCAGUAAUUUAUCAGGGAAAGCAGAUAAAAAGAAGAAUAGGAAGCAAUUGGAUUGGUGGAUGUCAAUGGAAGAUGUUAAGAAUCCCAAGAAGGAGAAGAAGGAGAAGAAGGAGAAGAGAAGGCCUGCGAGGGAAUGGUGGAAGGAAGAGUACUGCGAGGAAUUAGCAAAGAAGAAGAAGAAAAAGAUGAAGCAUCAAAAGGGAAUGAACAAUAUAGACAAUGGCGAUGAGUGGUGGCUACAAGAUGAUGAAUUAUGCGUGGACAGGAAGAAGAAGAAUCGGAGUAGGAGUUGGGGCAGUAAGAGUAGUAUAGAUUGGUGGUUGGAUGGGCUUAGCGGCGAGCUUUGGCGAGGUCGCCGGAAUACAAGCCAUGAUUCAGCUAGUGGGGAAAUACCCAAGAGCGGUGGCAUUAGUAGUACUCCAAGUAUGAGAGGAACCGUAUGUUAUGUUGCCCCUGAAUAUGGUUUUGGUGAAAAUCCUUCGGACAAGUGUGAUGUAUACAGUUUUGGGGUGUUAUUGUUGGUUCUAAUUGCUGGAAGGCGACCACUUCAAGUCACAAAUUCACCUCUUUCUGAAUACCAACGUGCCAAUCUAUUAUCUUGGGCUCGCCAUCUUGCCCGUGCUGGGAAGCUUAUUGAUCUGGUUGACAAGUCUAUUCAGUCUUUGGAUCAACAACAGGCUGUGCUUUGCAUCACUGUUGCAUUGCUUUGUUUGCAGAAAUCACCAGCUCGCAGGCCUUCAAUGAAUGAGGUUGUGGCGAUGCUUAGUGGUGAGCUAGAAUUGCCUCAGCUACCACCUGAAUUGUCUCCUUCACCUCAUCCACGCUUCCCGUUCAAGUCUCAUAAAAGAGUCCGGUGAGUCUCUAAUGGUCUAAUCUUUAAAAAAAAUUGUUUUUUUUUUUUUUCUUUUUUUCUUAGUGUAUAUUAGAUGGAUUACUGGUGUAAAUCAAUUGUCCAUCGUAUUGGUGGACAAAAUGGUGUAUAAAUUGACUACAGAAAAAGAAAUGAAAGCAAGAAAGAAAAAGAGAGUUCCGAUUUUUAUGUUUUA